AUGGGGGACACUGGGACAUUUGUAUCUGCUUUCACCGUGCUGUGCGGAGCCCGGACUGACCUCCCUGACAGGCACACUUGUUGUGUCUUCUGGCUGAACAUCGCUGCUGCUCUGAUUCAGGUCCUGACGGCGAUUGUGAUGGUUGGCUGGAUUAUGAGUAUAUUUUGGGGGAUGGACAUGGUCAUUCUUGCAAUUUCACAAGGCUACAAGGAACAGGGGAUCCCACAACAGCUGUAGUGGCUGGGACAAGUAUGGUCAGAGAAACACAGCAAGAGAUUUCCUUUGGCCACUGUGGGCCACGGACCUUCUCACUACCCUUUGUCUUUCUUCUUCUUCUUU